CUUUUCCUUGAGGGGCCUGUAUGCUGCGUUCGUUUGACCUACAAAUAGUGACGCCCACAGAGAAUACAUAUACAGCUUGUUGGAGGUGUUCCCCUGAGUGUUUGCUGAGCAUUUCCUAUUUCGUUCCGCCCGCUGCCCUAGGGCCGCGCGGCAGUGCCAGUGCUGAGAGCAGAAGCCAUACAUUACGCAUCAACGAUUAGCCAGGAUUAGGAGAGAGCCCUAGCGCAAGGAGCCGGAAGCAGAGUUCAACAAACAGUCCAACAGUGGAUGUGCUGCAGCUACGCUUGACUGCAUAAUAACAGCUGAGCGGACCGACUUCACUGCAUCGACCAGUUCCCAGCAUGGACAAAGACAACCUGGAGCUCACGUCAACGAUUCCGGAUGGCGAGCAGCCGCGUAAGCUGGCAGUGCUCGGUCUGCCGUGGGAGACGACCGAGGAGACCCUGAAGGUAUAUUUCUCCCAGUUCGGCGCGCUGGAAGGGGCAGAGGUGAUGAAGGACCGCUACACCGGCAAGAGCCGUGGCUUCGGCUUUGUCACCUUUACCGACGCCGGCUCGGCGACGCGCGCGCUAGGCGUGGAGCACACGAUUGACGGGCGACGAUGCGAGGCAAAGAUUGCACUGCCCAAGGGCGAGCCUUCGCCGCCGCGCACGACGCGCAUCUUCGUCGCGCGUAUCCCCCCCUCAGUCACGGAGGCGCAGUUCCGGCAGUAUUUUGAGGGCUUCGGCAAGCUGCAGGACGCGUACAUGCCCAAGGACCACUCAAAGCAGGGGUACCGUGGUAUCGGCUUCGUAACGUUCGCGUCGCCCGACUCAGUCGAGAAGGUCAUGGCCGUCAAGCACUGGAUGAACGGCCAUGAGAUCGCCAUUGACCGCGCCACGCCCAAGGAGGAGCCCACGGCGCUGAAGAACAUCUUUGCGCGCCUGCCGGUGGGCCCCAACCAGCGGCGGUCCUUCGACAACGGCUCGGGCAUCAUCGGGCCCGGCCUGAGCAUGAUGAACAACAACCUGAUCGGCCCCGGCGCCAUGGACGCAACCUUUGGCAACCUGCGCUCGCUGAGCGAGGAGCGCGAGCUGGGCGUGGGCGGCAUGAUGGGCGGCGGCCCCGGCGGCGGCCACCGCGGCCACCACCACCACGCGGACGUAAUGGACAGCAUCAACUCCAACAGCUUGGCUUCGUCCGCCUCGCUCAUGAGCGGACCCGCGGCUUCCUUCCCUGUCGGGCGGCAUGACCCCCGCCCUGCGCGCCACCAGCCAGGCGCUGGGCCUCAACCUGGGCUUGGGCCUCAACGGCGCCGCCGCCAACAGCGCCACCGCGGCGGCCGCCGCCGCCGCCACCACCGCGGCGCUGCAGACGCUGGCCAAGAGCGCCUCGCUGAGCGAGAACGUCAACGGCGUCAACGCGCACAUGUCGGCGCUGUCGGGUGCGGGUGGCAUGGGCGGCCUGAACGGCAUGGGCGGCCUCAACAGCCUGAGCGAGCUCACCGCCGCCACCUCGCUGCUCUCCAACGGCCUCGCCUCCAAGGCCGCCGCCGUGGCGGCUGCCGGCCACGGCGGCCUGUCUGGCAUCUCCGGCCAGACCAUGCUGCAGGACCUGAACACGCUGGGCGCGGCGGCGGCGGUGCAGCAGAUGAUGCAGGCCGCCGCCUCCGCCUCGGCGGCCUCUGCUGCCGGGCGCCGCUCGCUGGACAGCACGCUCAAGCGGCUGGAGAACCCCGCCAUUGCCAACGCGCGCGCCGGCCCGCGCAUCUUCAUCGGCAAGCUGACCAAGGACACGUCGGAGGCCGACGUGAAGGACUACUUCAUGCGCUUCGGCUACGUGAUGGACGUCUACCUGCCCAAGGCCAAGGACAACAAGGCAGAGCACCGCGGCUUCGGCUUCGUGACGUUCGAGACCGACGCCGCCAUCCAGCGCGUGGUCAGCCACGGCCAGCACCGGCUCAAGGGCUCGACGAUCGCCAUCGACAUCGCCAUGCCCAAGGUGGAGGACGGCGAGAUGAACCUGGACGGCACUGGCCUGGACGGCGCCGCCGCCGCCGGCCUGUCUGGCUUCGGCGCGCUGCCCAACAUGCUGGUGCAGCGCAUGUAAGCGCCGCCGCCGUUGUGGGCGCCUUGUGCGCUUGCGCCUUUGUGCGCCUGCGCCUUGGUGUGCGUCGAGGCCGAGGCGGCGGGAGAAGUGCGCUCGUGUGCUGCCCGUGCCGCGCGCUCGCCCUGCAGCAGGCAUGCCGCUUUCGCUGUGGCUGCUGCUGUUGUAAUAACCGCAUAUGGGUUGAUGCGCGGCGUUGGUGUGCCACGGCGGCCCCCGGUCGCGUUGCCGGUGAGUUUGCAGCGGCAUUAGGUGGUGGCGGGCGUCGAACGGCCCUGCCUGUGUUUCCCGUUUUUGUUGGAAGCGCCCUGCUGCUGCUGAUUGCGCCCACUUUUAGUUUACGUGGACGUUCUGGCUGUGUUUAGGCGGUGACUUGAGCGCGCCUGUCGUCGUUUGCCUGUCGAGGUCAAGUGGCAGUGCUCGAUGUGUUGUUUUUCUUUUGUGGUCGCGUGGCGGCAAUCGUCGUACCUGCGCCUGCUGAAUAGUGCUGCCGCCACCGCGCGUGCGCUGCGAAGAUGUUCUACUGGUCGAAGGGUGGGGAGGGGACGAGGAAUGGAGUGGAGUCAGUCCCGUGGAACGCGAGGGCACACGCAUUUACACGAGGGAUUGGGUUGCUCGUGGAGGCGGAGGGACGCGGAGAGGAGGCUGCGGCGCGCUUGGCGUGAGCGCCCAGCGGGAUUGAGUUGUUGCAACCCUCGGAGUGAGCGAAGCACGCCUAGGCGCACACACACACACGGCCCUUCAUAUGGAGGCCGGGGUGUGCCGCCUCUUUCCUUUGGGCACAUGAUUUGAUGCGUGUGCAGCGCAAAUGGUGUUGCACGGCUGCGGUGCGUGGUGCCGGGCGUCGGGCCUGGGCUGCGGAAUUUUUCCCACGAGUACUAGAUGCCCAUGCUCUGACGGGCUAGUACAAGGAUGUGUGUGUAGGUCGCAUCUUCGUGGCUGAGAACCCUAAUGUUCUCGCGGGGAGAGGAUUGAGGAAAUGCGCGGCGGGCGGAGAGUCGAUGGAGUGGAAGAGCUGGAGCGCCGGCAUGGAGAGGACCCCGCGCACGUGGUCGGUUGGGGCGCAUGUUGUACUGUGUGCGAUGUGUGCUAGGCAUAUCAAAAAUAGUUGCAGCGGCAUAACAGCCGCCUGCACAUCCCGGACCAGAGAGAGACUUUGCUGAUUAUAUUACACGCGCAGCAGUAUUCCAGGGAGAGACACGUUGGUUAGUCCGGGGGGCUGUGGCAUGGCAUAACUGAUAAUUUUGCCCAAGGGUAUCGCUCCGGGUGUAGCCGGUGCAAGAGUGCGGGGCGCGGCUUCACCGAAGCGCAGCGCUAUGCCGCUAAAGUUUUUGCUGCUGCAAGCACCACAAUAGCGCAUGCCGCGCAUGCGUACAGCUAGGAGAGGUAGUAGCGAGGUGUUGGGCGCAAGUGGAGCUGAGGUGCGCGAGCAGACCGGGGGGCUACUGCAGAGCGGGGACCGCCCGCGCUCAAAUGGUGGGGGGCGUUUGAUGUGCGCUGAGCCACGUCGGUCGUGCCAGUGCAACUGGGAGCGGCCCUGUGGCGACUGUAUGUGGGCGUGAGCUUUCGACGUAUGGAGCACCGGCAAAUUCUUGUUUGGAUUGUGUACCGUGUGUGUGUGUGUGACGUGCGCGCAGUGCUAAAAGAACUUGGCUGCGAGGGUGACACGAAGUUGCCGGUGUAUGUUUUUCUUUUGGGAGAGAUGGGUCUGCAUGAGAGCGGAUCACACGCACCGCACCGGAGGCUUCGCUCAUGGUGGCUGCAGGCGCUGCGGCGUACGGCGCCCCCACACAAUACAUUGCCUGAUGACACGAGACGCAUAUGCGGUUGUCGGCUUUGCCGGCAAAAGAAGAAGGCGGAGUGGUGAGAAGCGGUUGUUGCGCUGGAUGCAAGCUAUACGGCUAGUUCACAGCAAUCCAGCGCGGAGUGCGGCGAGUAUGGUGAGCGUCUUGGGACCGGGAAAGCUCUUUUUGGAGUUUGCACAGUUGGCAUUAUUGCGCUUGCCGGUUUGGCAUGGAGGUGUGGAAUGUCAGUAAUGGUGCGCCGGAGGUGUGACAGCCUACAGUAUGUGUGCAGCAGGCCGGGCAAUUGGCCCGGUCUAUUGAUGCAACGUAUUGGGUAGGGCACUCCGGCGCUAACGUUGUCUGCCCCCGAGCGCGAUCCUGAAGGGAGUUGCGAGGCGCGCAGGCGCUAGCUGCGGCGCCCGAACGGUUGCGCGAAUGUGGGGCUGUGCGUGGUUGUGGGUGCGUGACGUCUAUGUGUGCGCGAUGGUUACGGGCAGCAAUGCAUGCGGCCCUUCGCGCAAGUGGUGGUGAUUUGGUGGCAUGCGUUAUCAAGUUGUUUGGACGGAACACACUACACGAAAUAAAGGGUGCAGUGGAUGCUCCUCCGCGGCCGUGCCUUGGGCAUUGUGGUGCGUGGAACAGUGCAGUUCAGAAGUGGUGUUCCGGUUUCUGUGCCCAAUCGUGACAACGAAGCUGGGAGUGUCGAAAGACGGCUGAUUUCAAGUGAGACCAAAUUCUUUUCCUUCGGGAAAACGCAACGUCGCGCUUGAGUUAGGAACAGAAAGAGCAGGGGCGUGCCUGAUUGGCUGGGUGCUGGGGUGCAGGGGUGGUGCCGAUGAGAGAACACGUUUCGGGGAUGGGAGCGCACGUCUGCGAGAUUUUGUAUGUGUUUUGCGAAUUGUUGGAAUCUGUAGGAGCGAAGGUAAGAAUCAGCCUCCCAACACACGGGCAGGCCCGAGAGACGGUUAGAGGAGAAUACAAUUACGGCCCCCCUGGACCCCCCGCGUCGUGCGCAUGGCACAGUAAUGGUUGGCCGAUGCCGGCGCGGAUGCACCGCUAGGACGGACGUCCUCUUGUGUGUGAACACGGUGUGUAUGAUGGUGAUGAGUUUGAUGGUUUGUUGAAACAGUUGGUGUGGUGCAUGGAAGCUGGCACCUACGAGGCGUGGGUUGGUGCUGCCGCGUGCAAAUGCAAGGCCAGCCCGACGCCACCCUCACGUAGCAGGGAGCCUUGGCAUACAGGGCACUGUAACUCCAAGGCAACC